CGGGAGGCCGGGGGCCCCGGGCCCGACCCCGGUGGGGCGGGCGAGCUCAUCGUCAAGGAGUUGGACCUCGCCUCGCUGCGCUCGGUGCGCGCCUUCUGUCAGGAGAUGCUCCAGGAAGAGGAUAGACUGGACGUCUUGAUCAAUAAUGCGGGAAUCUUCCAGUGCCCGUAUAUGAAGACUGAAGAUGGAUUUGAGAUGCAGUUUGGCGUGAAUCACCUAGGGCACUUCCUGCUCACCAACCUUCUCCUCGGACUCCUCAAAAGUUCAGCUCCCAGCAGAAUUGUGGUGGUUUCUUCCAAACUUUAUAAAUAUGGAGACAUAAACUUUGAAGACUUGAACAGUGAACAAAGCUACAAUAAGAGUUUUUGCUAUAGUCGAAGCAAGCUAGCUAACAUUCUUUUUACCAAAGAACUGGCCCGCCGCUUAGAGGGCACAGAUGUUACUGCCAAUGUAUUGCACCCUGGUAUCGUGCGGACUAACCUUGGGAGGCACAUACACAUUCCACUGGUGAUCAAACCGCUUUUCAAUUUGGUGUCCUGGGCUUUUUUCAAAACUCCAGUGGAAGGUGCCCAGACUUCGGUUUACUUAGCCUCUUCACCUGAGGUAGAAGGUGUGUCAGGGAGGUACUUUGGGGAUUGUAAAGAGGAAGAACUAUUGCCCAAAGCUAUGGAUGAGGCAGUUGCAAGAAAACUCUGGGAUAUCAGUGAAGUAAUGGUUGGCAUGUUAAAAUAGGAACAAAGACUAAAAGAGCUACUCACGCAACUAUCAGUUAUAUCAGGGAUCAGAAAGGGUAGGGCUAGAGCAGUCUUUGGCAAAAAACAAUUUGGGUUUUUUUUUUGCUAAGAGGUAUAUGUGGAUAUUUUGAAGUUAACUAAAAGUUACUUUUUGGAGAAAACUAUUUCAGAAAACAUCUUGAUUGUACACAAUAUGUAUGAUGAACAAUAUAAUUGAAUAUAUCUUUAAAAAUAUAAGUGGAUAAGCAUGGCUUACAGAUACUGCAUUCAGUAAAAGUUGUUCGAGUACCUUUCAGUUUAUGCCAAUGCUGAGUACUUUCUAACUGCUGACUUUUGUGUGGACGUGGUAUAUGUGUGCAGUUCUUACUUGGAAUAAAUUGACUGAUGCCAGUUC